UUAGUCGAACGCGUUUCACUUGGUAGUCGCCUUCGGAGAAGACGCAACGCUUUUCAAAUUUGGAAUAAUUUUGGCGCGCUCGAAUUUUUUUUUCAAACAUGGAAAUUAGAGCGUUCGUGUUUUUUUGCCAGCUCCUAUGGCUAGUAUCAGUGAACAGCAAAGAUUUGCAAGGGAUCCCCGGCUACGGCAGGAACCUGCUGAUAAAGUCCUUCCCCGAAAUUGCCGGCUACCAGAGCAAUUUAUACGAAGUCUUCGUGCCGCCCUAUUUAUACGACCUCGGCGGAGUAGGCUCGUAUGCGCUGAACGGAGCUCGCUCCGACAAACAGAUUGACUUGGCCACUGCUGGCUCUGCCCCCGCCGGUAUCGGCCUGCAGGCCGUCUCCUACCUCAAGGCGGACGAGGGUUCCGGCGUGGAAGGCACCCUGGUGUUCACGCAGCUGGUACCCAGCGGCCCCGUCACCAUCGAGGGCAACGUCACCGGCCUGACAGCGGGGCUACACGGCCUGCAUAUCCACCAGAGCGGCGCUGUCAAGGACGACUGCAAGGCCAUUGGACCGCAUUUUGUUGCUUUUUACGGUCGUCACGGCGGUCCGAGAGACCCAAUCCGACACGUCGGGGACUUAGGCAACAUCAAAGCAGAGGACGGUGCCACUCUCAACGUGAAGAUAUUCGACAACGUCAUUUCUCUAACCGGCCCCCGAUCGAUCGUCGGCCGAUCUAUCGCCAUCUCGAAAAGUGAAGAUGACUAUGGUCGAGCUAGCACUGAAGAUAGCGCCCUCACUGGUACAUCAGGCCCGGCCGUCGCUUGUGGGGUUAUUGGAUACUUAAACUAAGGGUUAAUUUUAUUAAUGCCUGUUAGGGUUAGUUGUCAAAAUAUCAGGUCUUUCUUGCAUAGACAAAACAGCUAGAGAUAUUAAAUGGGUUAUUAAUUUUAACAGGCGUUGAUAAAAUUGGCACUUAAGCUGCUGCUAAAUGAUGAGCUGAGGCUUUCGAGUACCUGUUGUAAUUUACAAAAUAA